CAGAUAAAACUGGACAAACAGAGUGAAAGGUGGUGGUGAGAAGUCACAUAUAAAAGCCAGUUUCUUCAGGGCGAACUGUGACAGCAGACAGGUGCACCAGCAGGUCGAUAAUUCCAUCACCACACUUCUGAUCCAGAAUGCAAACAUUCGUAACUUUGUGUGCUCUUCUCCCGCUCCUCUGUUUUGUCCAUGCAGAUGUUGUGGAAAGUUUUGAGGAUGCGCCAGAAUGCAUGAAGUACUUUUAUAAAGAAAAGGUGCCUGAGUUGGGAGCUUCUACGCCUGGUGCUGCCCGCCUCUGUCAGCGCUUUGUCAACAGGUACCACUUUGCCACACUGUAUGACACCAUCCAUCGCAUUGCUGUCUACUCUGCCUAUCAAUUCCAGCCCAGUAAUGGAGGCGGCAGGGAGAACAGGUGGUUUGUGGAGCCACAGCUGGUAGAUCGGUCUUGGCAGGGAGAGAUGAAAGAUGGAUACUGGCUGGGGCAGGAUAACCCUGGUGUCUACCUUGGAGAGAGACAAGCUCUGAAUGAGGACUUCACAAAUUCAGGCUUCGACCGUGGUCAUCUCAACCCCAACGGACACCAUGCAGUCCCUAGCCGCAACGCCACUUUUACCCUCACCAAUGUGGUUCCUCAGAACCCCAAGCUGAACCAGAAUGCCUGGAGGAUCCACGAGUCCCAGCUCACCGAGCUUUUUCUGGAGAAGUGCCCUAAGGCCUACGUGCUGGUCGGUGCCAUUCCUUCUGCAGACAGCUGGAUUGUUAAAAACAAUGUUAAGCGUGUCAACAUCCCAGACUACCUGUGGAAUGCCUACUGCUGUGUGGACAACAACGACAGACCCAUUCAGAGCGGCGCUGCCAGAGCAAGAAACACAGAGGACAACUUGGUGGAGCAGCUCUCUCUGGAUGAACUGGAAACAUUCUUGCAGCAGUUUAUCGCACAGCCAGUGGGAGAGUUGUUUUACAACAAUUGCAGAGCAUAAAAGCAAUGAUGACACUAAAUAUAAGUAUCUUUUAAUUUUACAUUGUUGUUUUACAGCUUUUAAACCAAUGAAUCCCUUACUAUUAAAUAUUAAAUAAAUGAAUAAAAAUGAGAA